UGAUUGGUUGGCUGAAUACUUCUCCUUCGCGACUCCGCCUUUUGCAAAGUUUGCUUCUUGGAUUUUGAGUUUGGGUGCUCAACCGCAUUAGAAUGUGCGCAACGGAGAAGGUGCAUGAUGAAAUUUUGAAGGGAGCGGUGAAAGGGAGAAGAGGGGCGUGUUAUAAGCGAGAAGGGAAUGUGGUUUGCUGGAGAAAGGAUGUGGUAUUUCCGAGAAAGGGUUUGGUAGAACGGAAAGGGGCGUGGUAAAACGGAAAAGGAUGUGAUAUAACGGAGUAAGGGGCGUGGUAAAACGGAGAAAAGGGUGUGAUUAAAAAGAGAAGGGCGUGACGUAAACGGAAAUGGGGCGUGACUAAACAGAGGAUGGCGUGACGUAAACGGAAAAGGGGCGUGACUCAACAGCGUAGAACCGUUUACGUACCUAGUAAACAUGUAUGUAAACUUACUCUUGUUGAUGUUGCAGUCUGUUAGACCUCACAUCAUGGACCUCCGACCUUAUCCAUUAUAUAUUGUUAUAUUUCCAGCAGUAAUCGGUCUGGUCUCCUCGAACACCCCUGUCCCAUUGAGCGAGUACCUAAAAGUUCCGGGUAAAUUUGUGGCUCCGAUUCCAAGGAAUUCAAUUACAAUCAUUCAUGACGUCAGUCUCCAACUUUGCGCGGCAAAAUGCACGUUGGCAUUCCGGAUGAAAACAUUUCCAUGCUAUGCAUUUGAGUAUACGCCCGGAAGUAGAAUGUGCGUGCACACGAAUGUAACAUCACUGGUCGUCAAUGGCGGGUUUCUUGGGUUGAAGGAAAAUCGGGCUGUCGAUUACUACGAAAGAAGCAAAGCAUCAUACGCCAACUUGUUCCAAAGUCGGGAUCACGCUGCGCUUAAACAGCAAAGCUCAUACUUCAGCAUCAAACUCAACAAAACGCUUGAAGAAUGUGCAUAUGAAUGCAUGCGCACUACGUCUCAGACCUGUAUGUCAUUUUCCCACAGUCUGAGCACAGGCGCGUGCGGCCUUAGCAACGUGUUCUAUAGCGAGGACCACGAGGAUAUAAGCCUUCUCACGAGCCGUAUUUACAACCACUACCAGUACUAUACAAGCUGGCCGUGUAAUGUGACUAUUCCGGAGAACUAUGGACCCCGGGCUCUCGCUUCCCUUCGCUUUCCAUACCAGUCGUUCCGGCAUGGUCAGUGUCAUGUUCAAAUUGAGGCGCCUUCCGGAAAACAGGUCCAGAUUUUGUUUCCGACUGUUUUCUUUGGUCAGGAUGUGUGUAAUAAACAAACUGGUGUCGGAUUAACUAUCCAUGACGGAAAUUCCGGAACGGGAUCUGUCCUUGGACAUUAUUGUCACUCAACAACCGAUAGGUCACAACCUCCCUUGCUGACGUCAACAUCCGGGUCAAUAUACGUCACAUACACCGCUGAUGACGUGCCACUGGCGUUUGAGUCAAUAUAUCAGUUUGUGAUCGUUGACCCCUGUGAAAACAACCCAUGUAAGAACAACGCCACAUGUACAGGCAAUGGCACGAGUUAUGUUUGUGAGUGUCCGGCAGGGUUUACUGGCAGAUUUUGUGAAGAUAAUAUAGAUGAAUGCGCCUCAUCGCCAUGUCUGUUCCACGGACAAUGCAUUGACCAGGUCAACGGUUACAUGUGUAAUUGUACGCACGAAUUCACCGGGGAUAAGUGCGAGAAGUUCAUUGGCGCAUGCGCAGAAAACCCCUGUGAUCAUGGCACUUGUGUCGUCACCAGCAGGUACAAUUACACGUGCGAUUGCGUGGACGGAUACGUUGGCCAGAAUUGCGACAGGAGAUUUUCGCCUUGUAUGUCCAAUCCGUGUGUGCACGGGACGUGCGGGGAGACAUCCGGGGACUAUAUAUGUAAAUGUGCAGCGGGAUAUACCGGAAGAGAUUGUGAUCAACGCGCUGUUGAUCUUUGCUCUUUUUCUCCCUGUAAACAUGGUCGCUGUACGUUGACACUGCAAAUCAUGAUGUACUAUGUACGUGCGAGAGUGGAUUUACCGGAAGUCAUUGCGAGACAGCUAUAGAUCUUUGUUCUGCGAUCCAAUGUAAUAACGGAAGUUGCGUCAGAAACAAUACUGGGAUACACGUGUCAGUGUCACGAUGGGUUCAAGGGUCAAUUCUGUGACGUAGCUAUGACGGUAUGUGAACUUCACGUGAAUGAUUGUUACCCCGGGCGAUGCUACCCAUACACCAAUGUCCCGGAAGGGUAUGUCUGCUGGUGUCCAGAUAAUAAGUACCACCGACAAUGUAACAUGACCUUUGACCCUUGUUCCCCUUCACCUUGUCAUCAUGGGAUCUGUACACGAUUAAACAAUGGUUAUACGUGCUCUUGUGCUAAUGGCUACGUUGGCUCACAUUGUAAUGUUCCGACAUGCGCAGUGGCUGACUGCGGCCUUGGGCUUUGUGAAGAUAGGAACACUGGCUUUGACUGUAUAUGCCCGGUUGGAUAUGACGGUAGAAACUGCGAAAACACUGUGACUUCAUCGCCUGCACCGAUUACCCAAUCAGCUUCCCCUUCAUGUAUGACGUCACCAUGUCACAACAAUGCCACAUGCGUUCAAAAGAGUACUGGAUUCACGUGCGUUUGUUCUGAAGGAUGGACCGGAAGUGUCUGUGACGUAAUGGUUGACGCAUGUGCAAGUAGCCCGUGUGGUGAUAGUACGUGCGUAGCUGACGGAUUCAAGUACAGCUGUAUUUCUACAAAUACGUCAUCAAAAGGUAAAGUUUGUCAUUUUGGUUUGUGUUUAUUUGGUUGCUAUGUUAUACUGUUACAGAAUUGUUUAUAGUAAUUAUAUUAUAGUCAUUUGUAUUGUUGUUUCAUUUCAAUAUAUCUAGUGUAUGGAUUUCAAACCGAUAAAAUCUAUUUCUGAAUGUAUAAAUAUCAAAAUUAGAUAAGAAAAUUUAAAAAAAUGUUCUCAAAAAACAUGAAGUAUUAAAUCUAUAAAGAAGAUAUGCAAAAACAAGAAUACAAUUUUCAAUUGGGACGCCACCUAACUGGCUAAUGACCAUCGUCCUUUGGCUGCCCCAACCACCCAUGCAUGUUAUGUAUUUUAUUGAUCACGUGACUCGGCGAUUAUUGAUGAUGGAUAUUUUAUUUCAUGCCUUUAUUUUUAGAGAGUCAGUCAUUCGUGUUCUAUAUCAUAUUGCCUAUUGUAUUUUAUAAAUACAAUUAUAAUCCAAGUUGAUUUUCUAGUCUGUUCCUCUUCACUUUGGAUCGUUCGUUAAGGUUCAAUCGAAGUCAUUGUUGGUACGGUUUCUGACCAAGGCUAAGAAAUGUUACAUUUGUGUAAGCCUGGAUCAUGUUCAGAGACUGAAGCUUGGUUGUUGCAAAUAGUUGACUACAUUUAUGUUAUUUUGCUUUUAAUGACAUCAACAUGCAUAUCAAUGUAUAAAAUGAUUGAAGUCUUUUCUAAACGCGUUUUUACCGCGCAUUUUCUGACCGCGUAUCCUGUAUGGUGAGUAUAUAUAUAUAUAUUUCAUGCAAAUACAUGAGACAAUCAUUGAAUUAUUCCAUAAUUACAGAAUAUAUCAAAAUAACGGGUAAAAAAGGAAUAUAUGUAAUAUAAUAUUAAAAAAUAUCUGUAUAAUGUAAUUUGUAAUAGAUGUAUUCUUCCAGUAAUGUAUCAUUAUGGUGGAUGAUAAUCUACAGGGAUUAACUUUUAAUGAGGUCGACCGAGACUUUCUUAACCUAGAAUGUAAUAUCUACUUGAGCAUUUGAGGUUCUCAUAGCAAACGUCAAUUUACCACCAUGUUUCGCAUUUGUCUUAGACGUAAACUAUUGUAAUAUUGACAUUACGGUCACUUGACAGAUGUACGUGUAGGUGUAAGGGCAAUAUUUGUGUAUUUUCUUUAUGUAUACCUUUUUGACUUAAAGUGAAACCAUGUGACGUAUCAACAUGUGAAAAUGGAGGGACGUGCAUGAUAUCACACACGGUUACCAUGUGUAUUUGUCCGUUGGGGUUGCAUGGUGCCAGAUGUGACGUCACAUAUGACGCAUGCGCCACACAACAUUGUCCUACUGGUUUAUGUCAACAGCACAAGUACGGUGCCAGAUGUGUCCUAGGGGUAAUACAGGGGUCCCUCAACACAACAUCGACCACACUUAACCUCGGUAAGAUUUCGUCGGAAUACUGUACAAACGACACACGUGUUUUUAUAUAGGAUAUUAAAAGGAAAUGAGCAAAGUUUACAUCACUUGAUUAUAUGAGCUCCUGGUUCCUUUCAGACGGUAUUAAUACUCGUGUAUUUGUACAUUCGUUAUUUAUAUAAGUUGUGUACAGUAUAUCAAAUCUUAUUACCAUCUAUACAUUGUUACGAGAGCUCAUUGAUAAGUUGUGAGCCUCGUAUUGAAGAAUUUGAAUUUUUUUGACAUUUCAACAUAAUCCCCUUCAGUAUCUAUAAACUUACGCCAGCGGUGUUUAAGGGCCUCAGUGUCACUUUUAUAGAGCUCCCUUUCUUGGCAGUUCAGAAAGUCAUCCACUGCAUGUUAGGGUUAGGGGUAGGGUGUCUUAAAUAGCUGCUUUCAGAUUUGGGAAUAGAUGAAGUUCUGAUGGAGCGAGAUCAGGUGAAUAAGGCGGAUGCUCACUCAAUUUAAAGUCACAAUCGUGAAUAGCAGUCCUUGCAAUGACUGCCUCUUUCACCCUAAAUCUAACUCUAACCGACUUUGUCCAUUUUGCUAAAAAAAAAAAGCCGCUUGUGUUGUUUACUUUAAAGUGCUACCUCGUCGAUAUAAACUAUGAAAAUCGAUAAGCACGGGGGUAAAAUAUGACCUGAAUAAAAGCUUGGGGUAUUAGGACCACCAGGUGUGUCAGAAGAAUGAGCGUCUUUAUGCUUUAUCGCUACACAUUCCGGAUCUAGGUCAGAUCUCGUAUGUUAUGUCCGUAAAAUGAUAACUAAGCUUAUUGAUACCAUGAUAUUAAAGAAUGCUUGGUAUAUUGUAAAAUUGAGUUGUUCUAAAUUGUAUAUUUAUUUCAGAAAAGCGCUGAAUCGACAGAGAUCAGUUAAAAAUCAUUUUAUAUUUGUUAAUAUUAAAUAUAUUUUUGCAUUUAACGAACUACUUCGUCUCGACAUAAAGUUAUCGCUUUGUCUCGUCCCCCAACGUGUCUUUCCGUUUCAUCUUCGUCGCUUUCAACAAACUGAUAUGCCAUUACAUUGUGGUGGAAGUGAGCCAAGGGAAUAAAUCUACCGGCGAAUGUACAGCUUCAGAACUCCAAAUCUAGAUCUGUACACACAUAAUACGUUAAAACUGUUUUUUUGUUUUUUGUUUUUU